AUGUGGAGAGCUAUUGUUAAUGCAUGGAACGGAGUAGAUGAUUCUAAAACGGCUUCUUCUUCUGGAGAACACCCACAAAGAACACCAGCACCAGUUCUAAAGUUUCAAGAUGUGGUAGAAAUUGUUAAAAAGAAAGACCCAAAUACUGUCAUUGUGGAUGUCAGAGAACCGGGUGAGUUUGAAGUUGUACAAAUUCCAGGCUCAAUAAAUGUUCCAUAUACAUCACAUCCAGACGGGUUUUCCUUAAAUGAGGACGAUUUUAAAUCAACUUUUAAAGUUGAUAAACCAUCCAAAAAUCAAAGAUUGGUCUUCCUUUGCGCUGCUGGAAGAAGAGCCGCAGGGGCUGAAAAUGUCGCUUGUGAAAAUGGAUAUCAUAAUACUGCUAUUUAUUCUGGUUCUAUGAAUGACUGGGUUGAAAAAGGUGGUGAUAAAUUAGUCUUUUAA